ACAAUGAUUUCAAAAAAAGAUUUUAGGGAAUGUCUUGCUGAUGGAUCUUGGAGUAAUGCUGCCCCUGUAUGUGAAGCUACAAUUUGUCCACCUCCUUUUCCAAUACGGAAUGGCACUUUUCAUCCUCUAAAAGAUGAAUACACAUACCUGGACUCUGUGAGAUAUUCAUGUGAUGACCCCAAGAAAUUCAUGAAUGGUGAAGGUUCAAUUUACUGCAACCAAAAUGGGAGCUGGAGUUCUCCUCCUCCAGAAUGUGUGGCUGUUGAUUGCCCUAUUCCAAAUGUGCCCUAUUCAAGAAAGAUAUCAGGAUUUACUACUCCAUACUCACUGAACAGUGUUGUGAUUUUUGAUUGUUAUAAUGGUUUUCGUAUGAAUGGAACCAGCACUGUAAAAUGCAAUAUUAAAAGCGAAUGGGAGCCUUCACUACCAGACUGUCUUGCUGCCUACUGUAAAGAACCUACAUUGAUUAAUGGAUAUACCACUGGAACCCCAACAUCCUUCCAUGAUACUUUGGAAAAAGGAUAUAAUGUGGGGGAUACCAUACAAAUGAAAUGUAAUACUUGGUAUUCCUUAAAAGGAGACUAUAAAAUAACCUGUGGAUCUGAUUUCAUGUGGAGUCCUGCUGUGCCUAUCUGUGAGAAAUCUUUAGGUUGCAGUUCCCCAGUUAUUUCCAAUGGACAAGUUAUCCUUAAGAAUAACAAGGAAUAUAUUCCUGAAAUAGAUGGUCAUGCAUUUUCAGAUGGUGACACAAUUCAGAUAAUGUGUGAUCCUGGCUUUAUAAUUAAAGGAAGUGAAACUAGUGAGUGUGAUUAUAAAUACCUUAAAGCAAGGUAUAUAUGGACUCCACAACUCCCAGUUUGUGUUCCAGCCAAGAACUGAAACUCACAUUGAUGUAACGGAAUAAUGAACAAUUUUAUAUUCAACAUAAUGAAGAGAGCUCUAAUGUCUGACCGUACUGCAGAGAUAUUUUAACAGAGUACCUUGGGAUAUAUUCAAUACAACAAAUCUGAUUAAAAGGGCUAUUGUGAAAAUCA